AAGUGAAGUGGUGAAGACUUUUCACUGCACGGGUUUCGCCUGCUGGCUGGAAAAAUUUUCACAACCCCCCUUUCUCCGAGUUCGCGGAAAAUUCGUCCCGGAAAGUCUGCGGCCAAAAUGUGCCAGCUGUAGGUAUCACGGGUUCGGUGCCAGACCGUCGUCGGGGUUCAGGUGUGGAAAGAUUCCUCCCGUGGAGGAGCAGGAGUGAAAGUAGUAAAAGAAUAAAGCAAGCAAUCCGGAAUCGUUCCGGCUGGUCUGGGUGUGAGAGAGAGAGCAGGUGAAAGGUGCCGCGGAAAAAUGGCCGUUGGCCGAACUGGGGACCGAGUGGACGAUCUCGUUCAGUACGUGACGUUGCACACGCCGAGCCAUGUCCUGCUGUCCGGGAGCGUCUUGCCCUUCAUGGGACUGUACGCCGUGUGGGCUUACCUGUGGGUGGCCGUGUACGGCAUCGAGGAGUACUGGGAGGCGGGCCUGCUGACGUUGGCCGGAAUCGGCUUCGUGCAGGUCUUCGUCUGUUUGUGCUGCUUCUGGAGUGUGCACGUGCAGACGUUCCUGAACUGCCGGAAGGCCAAAUCCCCCGAGAAGGCGCGCCUCGCCAAGGUCGUCCCCACCGAGAACAACGGCUCGUCGGAGCUGGUCAAGCUGCAGCGGACCGUCGUGGACGAUGGCGCAUCGCCGCCGGAACCGAUCGUUUGGUUCCUGUUCCAGAAGACCAAGUACGUGUGGGACGCCGACAAGAAGCAGUUCCGCGGCGUCGAGUUCCCCAUCCACCGGACGUACGAGGAGUACUUUGAGUCGAAGGGCCACCAGGAGGACACGGACGUGCAGCUGGCGGAGCGGACCUAUGGGAAUAAUAAUAUGGAGAUGGUGGUGCCGGAGUUUAUGGAGCUGUUUGUGGAGCGGGCGACGGCGCCGUUUUUCGUGUUCCAGAUCUUUUCGGUGCUGCUGUGGUGUCUGGACGAGUACAUGUACUAUUCGCUGUUUACGCUGGGGAUGUUGAUUUCGUUUGAGUGCAUUUUGGUGCAGCAGCAGCUGCGGAACAUGUCGGAGAUUCGGAAGAUGGGAAAUCGGCCGUACAUGAUUAAUGUGUUUCGGAACCGUAAGUGGCGCCCGAUGAAGUCGAACUUGUUGGUGCCGGGGGAUUUGGUGUCGAUAACGCGGUCGCAGGACGAGAAUCUGGUGCCGUGCGAUUUGCUGUUGAUUCGGGGGACGUGCAUCGUGGACGAGAGCAUGCUGACGGGUGAGUCGGUGCCGCAGAUGAAGGAAUCGCUGGAGAAUACGGAUGAGCAUGGGAAGGAGUUGGAUGUUGAGGCUGAUGGGAAGUUGUACGUGCUGUUUGGCGGGACGAAGGUGGUUCAGCACUCUUCGCCGAGCAAGGGAGCGAUGCGGGCGCCGGACAGUGGCUGCAUCGGGUAUGUGCUGAGGACCGGGUUCAACACGUCGCAGGGCAAGUUGCUGCGGACGAUUUUGUUCGGGGUGAAGCGCGUCACCGAGAACAAUCUGGAGACGUUUGCGUUUAUUCUGUUUUUGAUGGUGUUUGCGGUGGCCGCGGCUGUUUACGUGUGGGUCAAGGGUUCGGAAGAUCCGGAGCGGAACCGGUACAAGCUGUUUUUGGAGUGCACGUUGAUUUUGACGUCGAUCAUUCCACCGGAUCUACCGAUUGAGCUGUCGUUGGCGGUAAACACUUCGCUGCUGCAGCUUUCGAAGCUGUACGUGUUUUGUACGGAACCGUUCCGGAUACCGUUUGCCGGGAAGGUGCAAAUUUGCUGUUUUGACAAGACGGGCACGCUCACGAGUGACAAUUUGGUGGUGGAGGGAGUUGCUGGGUUGAAGAAGGACACUACGAUAACGGCGAUUGCGGACAUUCCGGAGGCGACGGCGCACGUGCUGGGUUCGUGCCACUCGUUGGUUCAGCUGGAAGAUGGACUUGUUGGUGAUCCGCUGGAGAAGGCCACGUUGACAUCGAUCGAUUGGAGUUUGACGAAAGGGGAUUCGGUUGUGCCGAAGCGGGGCAAGUUCAAGCCGCUGCGGAUCUAUCAGCGGUUCCACUUUUCCUCUUCGCUGAAGCGAAUGUCCGUGCUUGCGGGUUACCUGGUUCCGUACAGCAACGACACCUGCUACAUCGGAACGGUGAAGGGCGCGCCGGAAGUGAUUAUGAAGAUGCUGAAAACCGUGCCGGAGAACUAUCAGGAAACGUACCUGGAGUAUUCUCGCCGAGGAGCUCGCGUCCUCGCGUUGGGCUACAAAUCGUUCGGAACGCUGGACAACGCGACCGUCCGCGAGCUGAAGCGUGCCGAUGUCGAAAAGGAUCUGGAAUUUGCCGGUUUUAUCAUAAUCUCCUGUCCGCUGAAGCCCGACUCGAAGUACGCCAUCAAGGAGAUUCUGCAGGCCUCGCACAAGGUGAUGAUGAUUACCGGGGACAAUCCGCUGACGGCGUGCCACGUGGCCAAGGAACUUCGUUUCACGAAACGCACCAUCGUCGUGUUGACUCGCGCCGAUGACCGUGACGAAGCCGAAUGGCACUGGGAAUCGAUCAACGGCGAAACGCGACUACCUCUCGGCAAGGACGACAAACGCUCCGUACGGGAGCUGUACAAAGAGCACGACUUUUGCAUCACCGGCGAGGGACUCGCGUAUCUGAACGCCGAGCGGCAUCGAUACCUGCAGGAGUUGGUUCCGUACGUGACGGUGUUUGCACGGUUCGCCCCCAAGCAGAAAGAGUUUGUGAUCACCACGCUGAAGCAGCUCGGAUUCUACACGCUGAUGUGCGGCGACGGAACGAACGACGUCGGUGCGCUGAAGCACGCCAACGUGGGCGUUUCGCUGCUGAGUCAUCCGCCGAGCAAGGCCGAGAAGCGGUCGAUGAGGGCGGCCGUGAUUGCGGCGGCACCGGAAGGGGAAAGCCCCGCGGACAAGAAGAAGAAGGAGGAGGAGCGGAAGGCGAUGACGCCGCGGGAGCGCGCUAUUCAGAAGCAUCGCGAGAAUCUGAACUCGACCCAGGAACGGCUGCAGAAGGUGCUGAAGGACAUUGACGACGAGCAGGUGCAGAUUGUCAAGUUGGGCGAUGCCAGUAUUGCGGCGCCGUUCACCAGCCGGUCGUCGUCGAUCAACUGUGUUUGCCACAUCAUCAAGCAGGGCCGCUGCACGCUCGUGACCACGCUGCAGAUGUUCAAGAUUCUCGCGCUGAACGCGCUCAUCUCGGCGUACUGCCAGUCGGUGCUGUACAUCGACGGCGUCAAGAACAGCGACACCCAGCUGACGCUGCACGGACUCCUGACGGCGGCCUGCUUCCUCUUCAUCACGCGCUCGAAACCGCUCAAGGUGCUCUCGAAGCAAGCGCCGCUCCCAAACAUCUUCAACCUGUACUCGGUGACGACCAUCCUGGCCCAGUUUGCGGUGCACUUUACCGCGCUCAUCUACCUCGUGCACGAGGCCGAACUGCGGUCACCGCCAAAAGAGGGCAAGGUGAAGCUCAACCUGGACCUGGGUCCGGACGAGAAGGAGGAGUUUGUGCCGAACAUUGUCAACAGUACGGUGUACAUCAUCAGUGUGGCGAUGCAGAUCGCGACGGUGGCGGUCAACUACAAGGGGCACCCCUUUAUGGAGAGUAUGCGCGAGAACCGGUUGCUGUCGUACGCGAUCUUUACGUCCAGUACGAUCGUGCUGUGUCUGGCGCUCGGCAUCGUGCCGGACCUGCUGGCCACGUUCGAGGUGAUAGACUUCGAGCCGGAUUUCCGCAAAAUCCUGGUCGGCGUGCUGGUGGCCGACAUGCUGCUCGCGUACCUCGUCGACCGCGUCUGCUCGUUCCUGUUUGGCGAGAUGCGCAAACGGACCGACAUUAUCGCUGCCUCCUAAAGAAGCGUUGUUCUUUUUCGUUUUAUUUCUAUUCCACGCGCAUUACUUAGAGCGGAGAGUUUUUCGUUUUUGUACGAAAAGAACUGCACACACACACACACAACUACAAAGCACUAGGAACUGAGAGCAGCUCGGAGAAGAAGCAGAAGGUGGUCGGAAUUGAGCUUGCAAACUUACCGAACUCUAAGUACUAAGUUAGUUAGUAAAGCAAAAACGAAGCAAUGCGCACAGAUAAAAGCAAGAAAAAAUAAAGAAGGCAAGACGAGCCUGUUGUGUGCGUAAAACGUUGAUACAUUGUAUGUGUGAAUGAUUUUAAAGAGAUAGUGAUGUUGAAAAGACAAGCAUAAGGAGCAAGGCUUAUGAAAACCGUGGAGCGAGGUUAGUAAAUUGAAUUUGUGUCUAGAGUAAAAGAGAGUAAAAGAGAACUAACUAAAAAAAAAGGUAAUAAUUCAAUAAUGUAAUGAAUAAGCAGGGAACGAACUGAAAAGCAAGUAUGUUCAUAAACAAA